AUGCAUCCAUCGAUAAAAUCUCAAAAUUAAUCUCAAAAGAUUAAAAGUAGUUGACGACAGGAAUUAAAUGUAAAAGAUAUACUUUAUAUGCAUGUAAGGUUAAUGUAAUGCCAAUGAAUUCGAAAGCCGCGUACGUUUUUCAUUUGCGCAUACAUUUGUUGCCGAAUUAACGUGUACGUGUGCUUCGGAACUAAAAUUACGCUUUGUUUGUUUCCUGCAAAAUGAGUGAAAAUCAGAGUAAGGUUAACCCUGAUCUGGCGAUGGAGCGGGCGAAAUGCAACUUUAAUAUAACGGAGGUAACGCAUAUUAUUGAUGGUGGCGAAAAUGUUACUCUGCAGAGGAAAAAGUUUGAGGAUGCAGCUUUGAACGAUGGAGCAUCGAAGGACAGGAUUGGAGAAGAACACAUGAGUCCUAAGGAGAAAUAUGAGAAUGCGAUACGGAAAUCCUGUAUCUACGCCAACAUCGUGAAGAAUGAUCUCGCUAAUAUGACUGCUCUGGAAUCUUUUGGUCUCAACUCGCCGAUCCUCCGCCGCACAGCCGAUGCUUUCUUCAAGGAAGUGUCUCCGUUCUUGCUGCACUUGGGCAUGUUCGUGCCCACUCUGAUGGGACAGUGUACUCAAGAGCAGCAGGCGUACUGGCUGCCGAGGGCUUUGGACAUGCAGAUCAUUGGGACUUAUGCUCAGACGGAGCUCGGUCACGGCACGUUUAUCAGAGGCUUGGAGACCACCGCCACGUAUGAUCCGGAGACUGAGCAGUUUGUAAUGAACAGCCCCACUUUGACUUCAUACAAAUGGUGGGCUGGUGGCCUCGCUAAAACAGUGAACUACUGCAUCGUGGUAGCUCAGCUGUACACGAAGGGUGUUUGCCACGGCACCCAUCCCUUCAUAGUCCAGAUCCGUGAUGAGGAGACACACAUGCCUCUCCCUGGCAUCAAGGUCGGAGACAUUGGACCCAAGCUUGGAUUCAAUACUGCCGAUAACGGAUUCCUUGGCUUUGAAAACUAUCGGAUACCCAGAGAAAAUAUGAUGAUGAAGAAUGCGCAAGUCUUAAAGGACGGCACUUACGUGAAAGUGGCGAGGCAUGGGAAGGCGACAUAUGGUACCAUGGUGUUCGUCCGAGUUAUCUUGGUGAAUGAAGCCGCUUUCAAUCUAGCCAAGGCUUGCACUAUCGCGGUGCGGUAUUCUGCUAUUCGGAGACAAUGUUCUCCCAAUCCUGAGGGUAGUGAACUCCAGGUUUUGGACUACACAACUCAACAGCACAAGCUGUUCAUCUGCAUCGCGACGGCGCAUGCGCUGCAACUGAACAGCAUCUGGCUAUGGAAGACUUUCAGCGACACGUUGGCUGCCAUCAAGGAAGGCAACGUCGAUACUUUACCUGAGCUCCACGCUCUAUCAAGCUGCCUCAAAGCGCUGAGCACAGCAGACGCCGCAAGUCUCAUAGAGCAGUGUCGGCACGCGUGCGGCGGGCACGGCUACAUGAUGUCCUCCGGCCUGCCCUACCUGUAUGCCUUCGUGACGGCCACCAGGACCUACGAAGGAGAUUACACUGUGCUGUUGCUGCAGACUGCAAGGUUUUUGGUAAAAGCGUACGAGCAAGUGGAAGCUGGCAAGCCUCUGACGCCGACAGUUUCUUAUCUGUCUCACGCCUUCACUGGCAAGAAAUUACCUUGGGACAGUUCUCCUGAUGGCAUCAUUAGAUCCUUCCAAGCAUUGGCUGCAGGCAAGUUGUCGUCAGCAGUUAAAAGUUUAAGGAGACGUUUAGAAAGUGGUUUAUCGCAUGAGCAAGCUUGGGAGUUGUCUACAAUUCAGCUGAUUAGUGCUGCUGAGGCCCAUUGUCGCGCUGUGAUGUCACAAACGUAUAAGAAUGAGAUCGUGAGACUGACGGAAAAUUCUAGUCCAAACGUCAAAAAAGUUAUGCAACAGCUGUCCACGCUCUACCUGUAUUACUGGGCCUUGGAGAGAAUUGGUGACCUUCUUCUGUUUACGUCGAUAUCAGAGGACGAUAUCGUGGUGUUACGGCUGAGAUAUGAGGAGCUGUUGAAGGAGAUAAGACCGAACGCUGUUGGUCUUGUUGAUGCGUUUGAUCUACGUGAUGAAUUGCUGCAUUCAGCACUAGGGUCAUAUGACGGCAAUGUAUACGAGCGGCUGAUGGCUGAAGCGCUGAAGAGUCCUCUGAACGCUGAACCAGUCAAUCAGACCUUCAACACGUACUUGAAACCAAUGAUGAAGGGGAAACUGUGAUAAUAUUAACAAUAGCUGUAAUGUAUAGCCAAGUUCAUUAAUGUAUAAAAAUUCAAAAUAUUGUGAGAGCUUGGGAGUUUACCUAUUAUAAAUAAGCCAUAUAUUGUUGAACUGGACUGCAAAGCAAAAUAAAGUUAUUAAGAAUAUAAAGGUGGAGUAAGUUAUUAGGUAAAUGUAGAUAAUGGAGCAAUGUGUACACUUUUUUGUUAAUAACAUGAAUUGGUUUGCUGAGAAAAGGAACAAGGAGGUUUUAGGUGCCAUUGUGUUUCUCUGUACGUAAUUGAUUCAAGUUUUGUAUCUUCUGUUAUUCAUCCCGACUACGAGUAACUCAGCAUAUUUCGUACCCUUCCAAUACCUUUUUUUGUUCUUAUGUCUGUAUACCCCAAUUGUCAUUUUACUAACUCUUUUUACUUCUCGAUUUGCUUUCAAUUCCGGUCCAUCAUUGCCUUUAAUGACAAAACCUAAGAAGUUACGUAUUUACCCAAUAGAUAAACAAAAUUUCUCUAUUGACUAACAGGAAAAUAUCAAUGCAUUAUAUUUCAUGAAUAGGUACAUUGCAAAAUACUAUAAAACGUUUGACUUUGACUGUUGCCUUAUCAAUAAAGUAUUUAUAUGAAGUUGCAACUAAAAAUAAAUAUUUAACAACUGGUUAAGAAAGGAGCCAUAAAAUGGAUAAGAUAUAGCGUUUCGGACAGUCAAAGGUCAGAUAUGCAUUUGUAUUUGAAUUUCAAAGUUUUUCAUAUAAAUCUAAAAACCAAAGUUCAUAUUUUCGGAAUGUCCAUUGUUAUUUUAUUGUAAAACUAAGCCAUGUCAAUUACUUUAUUUAUCUUUAAGUUUUUAAUUUAUUAAUUAUAAAGGAUGUGGAGCAAAUUGCAAUUUAC